AUGGAAGAACAACAACCAAACACCAACAAUACAACAACAAUAAAUUGGUGGAAGAAAUUUUGGUCACUCUCCAUUCCAUCUAAGGUUCAAAUAAUUUUCCUAUGGAGAGCAAUUCAAGAUUGUUUACCUGUCAUCGAUACCCUGCAUACGAGACACAUAAGUGAUCCUGCUCUUUGUUCUUUAUAUCAUAGAGAGAAAGAGACUAUUAUACAUGCUUUUUUCUUUUGCAAGCGGCCCAGGAAAUUUCAAAAGUUAUCAAAUUUCUCCAUUGAUAACCUCCUUUCUAGUCACAUUUCGCACAAAGAGCUCCUGAUUCAUGUCUCUACAAUAUGGUCUGAUUUACAAAUGGAACAAUUUGCUUGCAUUUUAUGGAGUCUUUGGACGAAAAGAUAUAUGGAACGUCAUGGUACAAAACCACAUCCAACUAAGUUGCUGCUAUUCAAGACCAUAUCAUACUUGAAUGAGUUCCAUUCAGUACGUAAGCCUAUGGACUCUAAACUCACACAUCAGCAGGCCCAUUCUCAAUCAAUUCAACCAACACCGAAGUGGUUGAACCUACCUUUGGGUAGGCUGAAGUUAAACACUGAUGCCGCUGUUAACACAGCAAUGCAAACUUUUGAUUUUGGUGCUAUAUUACGAAACAGUAGAGGUGAUACCAUCGCUACAAUGUCAAGACCUUUCCCAGGUUGUUUUAAACUAGAAGUUAUGGAAGCAUUGGCCCUGAUGCAUAGCCUACAAUGGAUGAAAGACCUACAACUACCUGUUGACUAUAUAGAAUCAAAUUCUCUUGUAGUCAUUGAAGGAUUGCAAUCUCAUUGUGCUUCAUUCUCAGACUUUCAUUGCUUGUUGGCUGAUAUUUUAUUAUUAGUGUCCAAUUUCCUUGGAGUGUAG